AUGUUCCUGCCAUUAUAAUUAUAUUUUAUAAAGAACAUAAACACAUUCAGUUGAAAAAUAAUUUUGACAUUCAGUUAGCAGUUAGUUCAAAACUAUAAGAAAGUUCAAAAAAAAAAAAAAACAAUUGAAACUUUCGACAAAGACAGAAAAUGAAUCGCAAGUUGGAUAUUUCUGAAAAAAAGCUAGUAAUCAUUCUUCCAGAACUCUAUAGAUGCCCAAUAUGCUUGAACACAAUGAAUGGUAUUAUAAGACAAUGCCUUACAGGUCAUAACUAUUGCCAGAAGUGUUCCGAAAGGAUAGCGAAAUGUCCGAUUUGUAGAGAAUCGAUGUCUAGUGGAAGAAAUCGCGCUUUAGAGAAUAUAAACCCGAAAAUACUUGCAGAAUGCUCAAACGAAAUUUCAAAUUGUCGAUAUGCUAACAGUUUUCCGAUGAUUCAAUUCCAUGAAAAUUUAUGUUUUUUUUCUAAUCGAAAGCUUGAUCUAAAAGAAGUAGGAAAAUGGAUUCCAGAUGUGUUAUCGGCUGAAAAUCCCGAAUCUGCAGAGCCCCCAUUCGAAUACCUCACAACUCAAUCGGCAGCUUUAGUCCAUAAAAAUUUUCUCACCUUCUCAUCUAAACCAAAGAUGUUCGCCACAAAAGAAUUACUCUAUCAUAAGAAGUGGAUAUUCAGACCUUAUUGCAGAUUCGAUGAAUGUGAAGUGAAAUGGUGCAUAGUAUUUUAUGGACCGAAGACUAGGUCUGAAAGAGGUCGUUUCCACUUGAAAUUGAUAGACAGAAAAUGUAACGUGCUACCAUUGUUGGUAAAUGAAGCAUGUCUUUUUACGGAUAAGAUACCCUCACCAGAUCAGUUCAAAUGUGGGACUCGUUUCAAUUUCCUUCGUCAUAUGUUUUCUCAAAAUUUGUAUUAUUUUCUGGAGAUUUCUGUCGAUCCAUGAUGUAUAUAGAACAAGUAAAAGUUGACUUCAGCUGACACUGUGAUAAAUAAUAGAUGAGAGUUUUAUAUUC